GAGGAAAACGAGAGAGAGGGGCUAGUGGAUGUAGCUCUAGCUGUGGGCCGGGGGGGGAGAGCUACCUAGCCCGGGCUGCUCUGCCGAAACAUCCAUGGGUGGCUGUGUCGGGAGCCACCACGACUCCUCGGGCAGCUUAAACGAGAACUCGGACGGCACUGGAGUGGCUCUAGGGCGUAACCAGCCCCUGAAGAGAGAGCGGCCUAAAUGGAAAAGUGACUACCCGAUGACUGAGGGCCAGCUGCGUAGCAAGAGAGAUGAGUUCUGGGAUACGGCGCCAGCAUUUGAGGGCCGGAAGGAGAUCUGGGAUGCGCUGCGGGCUGCGGCCAGCGCCUUUGAGAGCAACGACCACCUGCUAGCUCAGGCCAUCCUGGAUGGGGCGAGCAUCACACUGCCGCACGGGGCUCUGACUGAAUGCUACGAUGAGCUGGGGAAUCGAUACCAGCUGCCAGUCUACUGCCUCUCUCCUCCCGUCAACAUGAUCGAGGAGCACUCUGAAGAGCCCGACGGUUCAGAUCCAGACUCUGGUGCAGCGGAUCCGUCCACGGGCAGCGCCAGCGAUCAAGGCUCAGGAGGGGAGUGCCAGCUGAGGCUCCGGCUCUCAACGGGCCGCGACCUCCGGCUGGCUGUUCGUUCUUCGGACACAGUGGGCAUGAUGAAACGUCGUCUACAGAGUCAGGAGGGCGUUCCUUCUCCGACCCAACGCUGGUUUUUCUCAGGUCGGCCUCUGACAGACAGGCUGCGCUUGGACCAACUCAACAUCUCCAGGGACUAUGUGGUGCAGGUGAUCCUCAGCCAGCCGCCACCGCUGGAGCCGCUGUCAACAGCAGGACACACACUAGAGGGCCCCGGGCCGGUGGCAGAGGAGGCAGUGGCUGCACUGCCGCAGGAGCCCACGCCUGUGGAGAACUAACUCUGCUCAGUCUGGCUCCCUGGAGGCAGGAGUACCAACCUGUUUAAAAGGAGGACAACAAGGGAGAAAAAAGGAUGAAAGAUGAUUCUGGCUUUUCUCUUUAGAUUAGUUCUCUUCUCUUCUCUCCUCCUCUUCAUCCCUCUUUUUCUCCUCUUCAUCCCUUCUCUUCUCUUGAUUUCUCUCCUCUCAGUCUUUCUUUGUUGGCUGUCUGCUGGAGAAAAAAGACUCCUGAAUUGAGGAAAAACUCUUCCUUUUGGUUUACAUGUCGAAAUUUUGACCUUUUUGAAGUAUUUUUAACUGUUCCUAUGGAAACCAAACAACAAAGCAAAACUUUGUCGGAUGGCUCAAAGGGUUUUCUUAAGAACACUGAUGAUCGAAUGUUUCUGUUUCUAUUCAAGUUCUGCUCUCUGGUAAAGCUUAGAAUUCUGUUUAUGGGGCGACAGGGUUUAACAAUUAUUUCAUGACAUACACUUUCAACCUGGACAUCUUACGAAGAAAGAAAUAUAGAUACUCAACAAUCACUCUUAGUUAUACUGAACAUGAAUCAAAUCCAGGCGAUUUCCUCACUCAGGAUCAAAGUCGGUAUGCUAACAGCUGGAAAGAAAGGUUGAUGCUGUUAAGCAAACAGAUGUGUCCUCAGUGUGGUCACAUCAGAGGCAUGACAACGUUUUACCAAGCUUUACUUCACUCUGCUUCAACAAUCAGAGCAAUCAUGUAAUAAACAUCAAUUAGUCAGCCUAUCUCUGUGUGUGUGCGUGUGUGUGCGUGUGUGUGUGCGCGUGUGUGUGUGUGUGUGUGGGGGGGGGGGGUGUUCAUAUAAGUUUAAGACACAGCCACACAUACUCAUGUGGGAAAAGGAUGGCACUUUAGAAACACAGUUGCAUAUUUUGAUUAAAAAUAGUAGGUUUUUAAUUAAAAUUGAUCAUUGUUUCUAUUCCUCUUGUCUCUGUCUCAAUGUGUCCUCAGUGUUUUCACGUCUUGUUGUUGAAGUAAUAUGAUGCAUUAUAUUCUCUGGCAUAACAUUGCAACUAACAUAUUUUACAGUCUUUCUGUUUGUGGCUCUAAAUCAAUGUUAAAGGACUUCAACUAAUCAGUGCUUGCAAUUUUUUUUAUCUCAGGUUUAUGAAGAAGAGACAGAUAAUGCAGUGCAAAUAUGAAUUGUUUUAACUAUAAUGUAUUUGAUUUUGAUGUUUAUACUAUUAUACUAUACACGUUUCACUUAAAAGGAUCAGGCUAAGGUGAUGAUUUUCCUAUUUCACAAACUGCUGAUUUGCCUUUUUGGUCUAAUCUUAUCUUUGCGCAGAGUUGUUACAUUGUCAUAUUUGAAAACUGGAGUCAUAUCUGAACAGCUAGCCUGGCUCUGUCCACAUGGAGAGUGUAAGGAUAAGCCUACACGCCCCUCUAACUCUAAUCUAUGAACAUGUUAUGUCUUCUUUACUUUGUACACAAACUUUUAAUGACUUUAAUUUGUGGUUUCAUAAGGAGUUGUGUGUCUUGUCGCACCACAUCUCAAACUCACUGCCCUGACAAGGAAUGAUUUCUACACAUAACAGUGAGCUUUAGAAGUGCCAGUAAGUUUUCUUUUCUUUCUUUACAUUAGGUCAGAGUUGUUUUCCCCUGCUGCCAGUGUCUAUGUUAAGCUGAUCCUAAAUAACCAGCAUUCUUUUCUCAAGCUGUAGGAAAUCUAGUUAGACAAUAUAGUAAAAUGUAGAAGAAUGAAGAAUUAUUCAUAUUGGUCAUGGCUAAUUUAAAGGUCAGGCAUGUUUUACAACUCACCACACAACAGCUUCCCUUUUCCUUAUGAUUUUCUAUUUCCUUAUUUUAAUGUCCCUAUUUUAUUCACUCAUUUCAACAAGACAGAAAUGGAAAACUCCCCAGAAAACACAAGAGAUGAACAAACGCCUUGUAGUUGGAAGAAGCCACCAUGAGUAAGCUUGUUUUGUUUUUUUUUGACAGAAGUGCUGCCAACUGGCAUUUCCCCAUGUGGGAACAAUAAGUGAACGUCAUGCAGCCUGUAAUAGAAUGAGGAAGAAAACCUGCAUGCCACCUGCUGCUAUUCGUCAGUCACACAAAGGUGUGUAAAAAGCUUUUGAAUUUUUGAGGAAGAAGGAGAGUACUUGACAAGCCAGGAUGCUUUUAAUGUGAAAAGUCAGGCUGCAGAGGAAGUGAUAGAGUACCGUUUUUUUUUUAUUUAGCCAGGAAUUUUUUCAAUGAAGAAAUAAAAAAUCCAUUUAACAAAAGAGUCCUCGGCAAGACAGCAGCACCAAAGGUUUCAAACACACACACACACACAAAACUAAAGCGCAACUAAAGCAAGAAUGUACAAUAGGCAAUAAAAUUAGCAGUGUUCAGCAUUAAAACGUGCAUACACUGGUGAAAUGAUCAUUCAUGCUGGUUUUUAACCUCCUGAGCUAAAACAACAGUCAGGUGUAAUGUGACUCUGUAGCUCUGAGACCAAGAAGACAGAGCAAAUACUUUAAAACUCUUUUGCCCAAAAACAGCAGUUUUGUUGAAUUUCAUACACAAUGUGCCCAUGAGCCCAAAGGUCAAAGCUAGUGGCAGUUUAAGACAUCAGUAAUGAAUAAUAAUAUGGUCAGUGUGGCGUUAAGUCAUCAGUCCUCUUAAACAACUUACGUUAUGCUUAGGGUUUUUUUCCGGGAAAUACCUGUGUGUUCAUACCUGCAAUGAGGUUGCAGACUCAAAAUGUAUUUCUCUCUGUUUUGCAAAAAGGGAUCAGUAUGACACAUAGAAUCACAUUAAAGAUGGGCAAAGUU